AUGAGAGGCUGGGGUAUUGAGCAACACUGUGUCUGUGGAGAGAGAGAUAAACAAGGGACGACCUUAGGGGCUGGGCUCUUGGGAUCCACGGCUACACCAGAUUGGGAUGAUAUUUGGUGUGGAAUCAGGUUUUCCAAAUUCCUAUCCCUGAUUCUGCAAGUGCACAUGUCAGAAGUACCAACGGCUAGUAUUGUGUUAUACCGUGAUCCCAGAUUCGCUUCAGAGUUUUGGAGAGCGUUUCAGGCUGAGAUGAGCACUAAGGUGCAUAUGAGUACAGCAUAUCAUCCGCAUACUGAUGGGAAGUCAAAGAGGACUAUUCAGACCUUGAGGGAUUUGUUGAGGAUGUGUAUGCUGGAUUGGGAUGGUCAUUGGGCUGAUCACUUGAGCUUAGUUGAGAUCGCGUACAACAACAACUUUCAGACGAGUAUUGGCAUGGCUCCUUUUGAGGCUUUGUAUGGGAGGCCAUGUAGGACGCUUUUAUGCUGGACUCAAGUGGGGGACCGCAACAUGUAUGGAGCUAAAUAUGUUCAGGAGACGACGGAGAAGGUCUGUGUUGUGAGGCUGAGCAUGAAGGAAGCUCAAGAUAGACAGACGAUUUACGCAGAUAGACGCAGGCAAGAGCUUGAGUUUCAGGUUGGAGAUAGACUAUUGAAGUUGCCUCCGAUUAUGAGAGCCUUUCACAAGGUGUUUGAUGUGUCAAUGCUGAGGAAAUGUCUUCACCCUUCAAAGGAGUUAGUAGCUAGGAUUCCUCAGGAUCAUAGGCCAGAUUUGACGGUUUUGGCAGUUCUUGUGAGGAUUCUGGAGAGGAGAGUCAAGGUGCUGUGGAACAAGAAGAUACCGUUGUUGAGAGUCUAG